AUGGUGGAGAUAAUGGGUAAGAGGAACAGGAACGUGCCUGUUUUGCUGACACCGGACGUGAAAGAGGCUAUUGUGGUCCUUAAUAGCACCAGGGGAAAAGGAAAUGUGACCAAAGAAAACACGUACGUGUUCGCUGUAAACAAUGGGAAGUCCACGAAGCAUCGUAGAGGAAAUGAUGUGAUACGUCAGGCAUGCAUGAGUAUGGUUGACUUGCAGCAUCCUGACGUUAUCACAUCAACCAGUUUAAGAAAGUAUGCGGGGACGGUGUCGCAGUUGAUCGAUAUGGAUCACAAUGAACUUGGAUGGCUGGCCACACAUCUUGGGCACGACAUCCAAAUUCAUAAACAAUUCUAUCGGAUGCAAGAAAGCACCUUGGAGAUGGCAGUUGUGGGCAACCUUUUGAUGGCCAUCGAUGAAGGGAAGGCCCAUCAAUUCAAAGGAAAAAACCUACGAGAUAUUACCCUUCAAGGUACUGUCAAAAUACGAGCAUUAAACUACAACUACAUUAUACAUUAUUCAAUAUAUUAAGUUCAGGGCCGUUCAAAUACGGGAGGCGUGCAGGUGCCCAGGGAAAAUUCAUCUUAUCAGUAGUUUUACGUUAUGUUACCUUUUCAGAUACAUCUUAUUUUUUUCAGAUUUUGACAAUAUCCCAAGUGAUGAGUCAGAUUCGGAGGAAGGUAAAGGUAUAUUUAUAAUAAAUCAGAUAUGUUUAGAAUGUCCCAUGUUAUGACUGUAAGCGUUAUACGUUUGCCAUUUGCGCUCGCCUAUUACUGAAUGACCGUCUGUUCGGUUUAUGAUAAUUAUAUUGACCUUCUUUUUGCUCUUAAUGACAUGUUGCGAAUACAGGUGCACGCAUGCAUCGACGAAUUGCGUUGAAGAACUCAUUUUGCCCUGAACAACAGCAGCAAGUGUUUUAGGAGGAAGGCCUCAUUUAGAGCAGAUUAUAAAAUUGGCUUUUUCGACACUGAGCAACACGUGUAGCGACGCGUGAUGUAAAACGUAAAAAACCGGGAAAGUUCGAACAAACUAGCUGAACGACAAAUCCACAAUAUGGUCUAUUACAGCCAUCUUACCAAUAUCAAUAUCUUUAUUUUCCUUCGUCUCCAUCUUCCUUCGUUUAAAAUCAACCAGACACUUCUUUUUUUUCGCGAAUACGCUGCUAUGUUUGAACUAUCAAUAGAUCACUUUUUAAAGCUUGUUCGAACUUUCUCGGUUUGUUUAUGUUUUAUGUCACGCGUUACGUACUACACGUGUUGCUCAGUGUCGAAAAGGUCUAUUGCAAAUACUUUCUAUAUCUACAAAGGAUUUCAUGAUCUCACAAGUACCUUCUAAUCGUUGGUUAGCGACAAGUCGACUAUAACUCAAUAUCUCGUAUGAUGCCUAUAAUUUAAAUAGUAUAGUUAAAGUUAAUCUUAACGAUUACCUUUUGGUUUCUGAAUUUUUAGUGACGCGUAAAAGUUUGGAUUCACCUACGGCCUCACACAAGGAGCCCAUUCACGCCACAACAGGUUUGCACGAAGAUUAUUUAUGAUAAAUCGAGUAUAAUCGUUGUCCACAUAUACGACACAAGAGUAAUGUCAUCCGUGGGCGAGGGGUGUGCAACUCCAAUAAAUCUUCAAUAGUUGCGAGAUUAGCUCUGAAAAUAUAUUACGCAACUGAAACUUGACUGCAUGGUGGCCCUUGAGGAGAAAGCUUUCUGAAUAAGAAAACUAUGCUUAUACAAAGAAUAAUAUUAAACUGCCGCAGUCAAUGAUCAAGACAUACGAAAAAAAAAUCAUGCAUGUUAUAACAUAUAUACCACGCAGCAACAAUUAAGGUACAGACUUUGUUCUAAAAAACCCGGCUGAAACUAUAAUUUUACGAAGAAAUGUGUUAUCUAUUUGGCCUCUUCAACAAAACUACACUAGUGUACAUUAGUACGUGAAAGAACAUACAUUGUUUACUUGUUCCUGCUGACAGAAGUCACACAAGUUGGUUUGAAAAAUUUUCCUACACUGAUUCCUUUUUCUUUUACACAUUUCGGCAAUUUGUUGAAGAGGCCGAAUAGAUAACACUUUUCUUUGUAUAAUUAUAGUUUCACUGCAUGCCAUCAAAAAAUUAUCGAACAUGCAUGCGUUUUCUGUUAAACAAAUAAAAUUUAUUUCAACUUGAAAACUUUUAGAACUUCGCGCUCGAAAAGAAUACAGGAAUUUUUUUAUUCCUUAAUAACUUUCAUUGGUAAUCUAUCAUUGAAAAUCGCUGACAGUUGCCUGAUAGCUAAAAUAACAAGAAUAUGAUAAAGAUAUUCAGAGGCGAAGUGUAUGAGCACCUAAAUAAUAGACUGAAUUUAACGAUGUUUUGUCGUUUUGAGUAUAGUUUGACUUUUUACUGAACAACCUCAAUUGGAUUAGCUGUAUACAGCUAUUUCAAUUAAGGUUGUCCCGAAGAAAAGGGAAAAGGUCGAAUAUGAGCGCGAAAGGCUUAUCGGGAAAGACUAGUUUGAUUCCCGAAUACAUUACCAUUCAUAGGUUUUCCACUAAGUUUAAAAUUAGAUCUUGCUUUCUUAUAUAAAUUUAAAUCGCGACUACGUAUCUCUAGAAACUAAAUUUUGUUCUGUUUGUGUAUUUUUAAUCGUCACUCCCAGCAAGCUUUUCGCGCUCGUAUUUGACUUUUCCGCUUUGCUUCGGGACAACCUUAAUUGAAAUAGCUGUAUGACUUAACCUAAGUAGCCCGCGUGCAGGCCCAAGGGAACUGAUAGUGGGCCUGCAAGCAAGGCCCGGUAUUUUGUAAACGCCCUUUUCAUAACACGCCCCAUUCGCGCGUCAAUUGUCAAAAAAGAACCAAUGACAAAACCCAAAUAUUAACAAAACUCGCAUUAAAAUGUUGCGGGGUUUUCUCUGCUUAUUCAGAACAUAAACAAUGUGUAAAUGGCUGCGUUUUAACUCAAAAAAAGCAAGCAACGCAGUCAGUAGUUGCCAAAUUUGCAAGUGCUCAUUUUCAACUAAAAUCGGAACAGGCAAAUUAGGACGAAUUUCAACAGAAAACCAGUCUCAAACUUCAAAUCGUGAGGGAAGUCGUGCGACACAUUAGCAUUUAUAAUGUGUGCUUCGCUGUCGCCAUUGUUAUAAAUAAAUUGUCUCAUGCACAUAUCAGAUCGUGUGUGCAAUUCUUGUUGGCGGCGGAAGGUACGAAAUUUAUUUCAGUUAUUUCAUUUGGUAAAGAACCCUACAAAAGAAGAGAGCGUUCAGAGUCCAGAUCGUUUCGUUUCAAACGGCAACUUAAUACCGUCUUCUGUUUCGCUCUGUCAGCGAAGCCUUGUAACUGAAUCGCAAAGUGUUUCGAAUAGGCUUACAUGCAACUGCCUCUAAAUCUUCACCGCGAAAAGCGCUGUUUUUCUUCAGUGCAAGAACAGAGUGAACAUCUACCAAAAGAUAAUUUUCUUGAGGAACAUAUAACGUAUCAAGUCUGUUUGAAAAGGUUACUAUAGUUUACCCCAGUCGUAAUGUUGCUAUUCCAACACCUCACGACAAGCAAUCCCCAUUGGCAUAACGGCAAAAACAUCUCUUCCUUCAAGUAAACAAUAAACAGUCUGUUCUUGUUCCAUUUAUAAUCGAAAAAAGUGAUCAAUUUUCGACCUUUAAGCUUAUCGAGAGCCUUUGUGAUGAAUCACUGAUCUAAUUAUAGAAUCCAACAGCAAACAGCCAAUCAGAAUGCCGCGUUCCUGGGCGAACGCGGAAAGUACAAAAUACCGGGCCUUGCAAGCUUGCAGGCCCACUAUCAGUUCGCUUGGGUCUGCAGGCGGGCUAUAACCUAAGUUAUCCAAAGUACUGAAUGCUAACAUUUAUUAAAAAAAAAUCAAGUUUAAUUGUUUUAAACCCUCAAAUUUUGAGUUUACAAGAUGUUGAUAGUUGGAAUGCAUUUGAUCUUAUAUUCUCUCCAAAUUCUUCGCGGACAAAUAUAAGUUCUACUAAAAGAAAACUUGUUCGAACUAUCCGAAAAAUAGAAUAGAAAGCAAUUAAACUUUCGCGAUUUCGAGUUUUCUUUGUUCAAACUACUUGAACAACUUUGACAUUUGAAAUGUCAAAGUUGUUCAGGUAGUUUGGACAACCUAUCGACCGCACUUUCUGAUUAUUUAAAAAUUCUACUAAAAUCCUAUUAAUUGUUUAAUGCAGGUCGAAAAAUAAAACGAAAAAAAGUGCAAAAGAAAGCCUGGACGACACCUGAAAGGAAUGCGGCAUUGGAAACAUUCAAAAAGCACAUUCGUCGUGGUGUACUACCAAAAAAGAAUGAAUGUCUGAAGUCCCUGAAAGACAAUCAGACUUUAGUGAAUAAAGACAGGUCAUGGACGAAUGUGAAAGAUUAUGUGCGAAAUUACGCAGAAAAACGAAAGUAAAUAAAUCCAAAUAUCUGUAAAAGAAACUGUUAGUUUUGACUUUUAAGCACUUGUAUUGUCUAAUCACCAGUCAAAAUAACACACAAACCGGUUGACUCAGAUCUGAAAUGAGGCAAAUGAGGCUGUUUCAACCAUUGGCAAUUUGUAUUUAAGAGCAUAGAUAUAAUACAAAUAUACUAAACCAUUUUUCUUUGUUUCAGAUUGCCUUGAAUUUUGCUGACCGUAUAAAGUUAUGUGCUGCACUGUAUACUACUGCCAGGUGCUCAGUAUAGAUAUAUAAUUAUAAUAGAGACUUAAAGAUUGCGUUUACGAGCAUAGGUUCCACACGAUUUUGAAAGUAACUAUCUUACGCCUUACUUUGUCUUUACAAUACGCCACUUUAAAGUGGGUUUCUGUGAAACCUGGUAAACUUGACUAACCGAAUUUCCUGGGAUAUUGGAAUCCACCCGAAAUUCAAUCCGCU